CCGAUCCGCCCGGCUCCAAGUUCCUCCCUUCCUGGGGUCCAGACCCCCGCUUUGCCCCUGCAGUACCCUAGAGGGGUCUCUGCGCUUUCCCUUCCACCGACCCCUUGGAAUCCCCGCUUUCCGCCCUCAUUCGGAGUUUCCUAGGGCGUUUCAGGACGCCCGGGAGCGGAGGGCGACCCUGCCGGAGCGGCGUAGGGAAACUGAGGUACGGGGUUCAUAGUGAGGAGGGCAAAAGAAGUCCUGGGACCAGGCCGGAGCGGCCGGGAGAGGUCACCUAUUUUGAGCGCCCUGACUGGGCCGGCGGCUUAUCUUACGGCCCCUGGGCCCCUGCCCGCCCUCCGCCUGUCCGACUGGGGCGGGGGAGGGGACCCUCUGGCCACUAUCAACCCCACGUGGGACCUGGAAGUACAGACCGCCCUCACGUUGCCUAUAAUCAACAACCAGGGGCUUGGGACCCUGUAGGGGGAAGGGGGCUGCGAGGUUCGGCCUCAGCCCCCUCCCCCAGCCCGCCCUAGGCACUGGGAGGGGCCGCCACCUGACCGCCUCGAACCUGUGCCCUGGAAGUCCCAGAAAUUUUCCCCUUUCCUAGCCGGGACCUCUGACCCCUCCUCUUUCUGGGGACGGUGGCACUCCUCGGUUCCUGGGUGUCCCAGGGUAACUAGAUCGCCCCCCACACCAAUGCUGGGAUUUCUUUUGGAGGCGCAGUGGAAUCAGUGAGGGAAACUGAGUCACCCUUCGGGGCACCCGGGGAAGCAUGGCAACCGGGGGAACCUGGUGCCCACCCUCUAGCCAUUCAGAGGCCCCCCAGGCUGCAGGGAACCCUGCGCCUCUGGCCCUGACUCACGCCGGGCCGGCCGGAUUUUCUGGAAUCUGGGGGGGAUUAGGGGAGCCGGGGCAGGGGGAGUGGCCUUGUCCCAUUCCACACCUCUCUUGGACGUCGGGAGAGGGGACCCUGUAGUCCAGCUGGGGCCCCGCCCCUGUUCCCUGGCCCUUCCCGGGAAGGGGAGGGGGUUCCCGCGGGUUUCCUGCCUCCCCCCGCGCCGCUCCCGGGCGGGGCCGGGAAACCACGCCUUCUUGGAGCUUGGAGCCUGGAGGCUCCCCUGCCGCUUGGUCGGAGGCUGUGGGGUCCCAAGGUCUUGACCCCAGUCCUCCCAAUCCCCCGCUAGGAUCAGUUUGAGGUGCUCGAGCGGCACACGCAGUGGGGUCUGGACCUGUUGGACAGAUACGUGAAGUUCGUGAAAGAGAGGACGGAGGUGGAGCAGGCUUAUGCAAAGCAGCUGCGGAGCCUGGUGAAAAAAUAUAUGCCUAAAAGACCUGGCAAAGAUGACCCAGAAUCCAAUUCCACCUAGAGGUAUGAGCUUGGAUGCAGAAACCAUAUUACCUGUGUUGGAAUUCUAAAUCCACUACUUUCCAGCCAAACUGCUUCCGCCAGUUGACUCAAGUUCUCCGCCUCUAUUUUCCUCGCCUGUUAAAUGGGAGAGGCUCCAACAGUUACUAAAUGAAUGACUCUGGGUUCAGCCAGCAACAGUCAUUUGUGCAGAUUCUCCAGGAGGUGAAUGAUUUUGCGGGCCAGCGGGAGCUGGUGGCCGAGAACCUCAGUGUCCACGUGUGUCUCGAGCUGGCCAAGUACUCACAGGAGAUGAAACAGGAGAGAAAGAUGCACUUCCAAGAAGGCCGUCGGGCCCAGCAGCAGCUGGAAAGUGGCUUCAAGCAGCUAGAGAAUAGUAAGCGUAAGUUUGAGCGGGACUGCCGGGAGGCUGAGAAGGCAGCUCAGACGGCCGAGCGGCUGGACCAGGAUAUCAAUGCCACCAAGGCUGAUGUGGAGAAGGCCAAGCAACAGGCCCACCUUCGGAGUCACAUGGCAGAAGAAAGCAAAAAUGAAUAUGCAGCCCAACUACAGCGCUUCAACCGAGACCAGGCUCACUUCUAUUUUUCCCAGAUGCCCCAGAUCUUUAAUAAGCUGCAGGACAUGGACGAGCGACGGGCCACCCACCUGGGGGCUGGGUACAGGCUCCUGUCCGAGGCUGAGCUGCAGGUGGUACCCAUCAUCGCCAAGUGUUUGGAGGGCAUGAAGGUGGCCGCGGAUGCUGUGGAUGCCAAGAACGACUCCCAGGUCCUAAUCGAGCUGCACAAGUCAGGCUUUGCCCGCCCGGGCGACGUGGAAUUUGAAGACUUCAGCCAGCCCAUGAACCGCGUGCCCUCGGACAGCAGCCUGGGCACCCCCUCAGAUGGACGGCCUGAGCUCCGAGGCCCCGGCCGCAGCCGAGCUAAGCGCUGGCCCUUCAGCAAGAGGAACAAGCCGCGCCCUCCACCCCUCUCCCCCCUGGGGGGCCCCCUGCCCUCGGCAUUACCUAACGGACCCCCGUCCCCCCGCUCCGGCCUCGACCCCUUGGCCAUACUGAGUGAGAUCAGUAAGUCAGUCAAACCGCGGCUAGCAUCCUUCCGCAGCCUUCGAGGCAGCCGUGGGACAGUGGUGACCGAGGAUUUCAGCCACUUGCCCCCGGAGCAGCAGAGAAAGCGGCUUCAGCAGCAGCUGGAAGAACGGAACCGUGAACUACAGAAGGAGAUCGACCAGAGGGAGGCCUUGAAGAAAAUGAAGGAUGUAUAUGAGAAGACACCCCAGAUGGGGGACCCGGCCAGCUUGGAACCCCGGAUCACAGAAACCCUGAACAACAUCGAACGUCUGAAAUUGGAAGUACAGAAGUAUGAGGCUUGGCUGGCAGAAGCCGAGAGCCGGGUCCUAAGCAACCGGGGGGACACCCUGGGCCGGCACACUCGGCCUCCAGACCCCCCAGCCAGCGCCCCACCAGACAGCAGCAGCAACAGCAACAACGGAUCACAGGAUAAGGAGAGCUCUGAAGAGCCCCCGUCCGAGGAGGGUCAGGAUGCUCCCAUCUACACGGAGUUCGAUGAAGAUUUUGAGGAGGAGCCUGCAUCCCCCAUAGGUCACUGUGUGGCCAUCUACCAUUUUGAAGGGUCCAGCGAGGGCACCAUCUCCAUGGCCGAAGGCGAGGACCUCAGUCUCAUGGAAGAAGAUAAAGGCGACGGCUGGACCCGGGUCAGGCGGAAACAGGGAGGUGAGGGCUACGUGCCCACCUCCUACCUCCGUGUCACACACAACUGAACCCUGCCAGAGGCGGGAAGAGGGGGGCUGUUGGCUGCUGCUUCUGGGCCACGGGGGGUGCCCCAGGACCUACGCACUUUAUUUCUUCCCCCGUGGCUUCAGCUGAGACCUGUGUAACCUGCUGCCCCCAGCCCCACCCCCCACUCCUCACUCCACAUGGACCCGCUGUGCCUUCUACCAUCGAUGUACAUACUCAUGUUUUGAAUCUUUUCUUCCUGCCGCUCGGCUGGGGCCGUUUUGUUUUAUAUAAAAAAAUGAUGGAAAGCU